GCGUUCCUGGUUUAUUUACAUAGGAGACUUGAUUUUGUUCGGUCCAUUUAGUUCUGAAGUUGAAGGUUAUUUCUGCUGUUAAUACUAUUUAACUCUGUUGCAUUUACUUUAAAUGAAUUAAAAAAAAAUGUAUGUUUUACAGCAUACAAAGAAUUUACCCAACAUGGGUGGGAUGGAUAUUAUGGGACAUCGUGCGAGUAUGACGCCUUCAGUGGCUUCCUCUGGAGAUUUCUCUCAGGAAUCUGAGUCUGGAAGGCAUCGCCAGGGACCAUACCUUGAAGGCAAUAUGAAACUUCUUGCAACGGUGGAAUGUCCAACAGUUGUGAUGUGUAACAGGUUCAGUGAUGAUGGGUCUUUGUUGGCUGUUGGCCUGAUAGAUGGAUCUAUUAAGGUCUAUGAAACAGAACCUCUGACUUGUCAUUGUAUACACAGUCUACAAGAUGAUGAAACAGUAAAUGCUAAACUUCCAGCCACACAAAUAAGAUUUAAACACUUUGAGCCAGGGGACAAGCCAGAACAUAAGAGGGUUAUUAUUGCUUCAUAUGCCUCUGGAAUGGUCAAAGUCUGGCAUUAUACCACAGGAAAAUGUUUACAUACAAUCAAUGAGCCAGAGCAAUCACAGAUCUUCACACUGUCAAUAAACCCGGAGAACUCGCUGUUCUGUAUGGGAGGGGAUGAUCCAAGGAUACACCUUUAUGAUAUGGAGACGCUGAAAAAAGUAUCAACACUACAACCUAGUCCAGGUCAGAGAAGUGAUGGUCGAGACAUCAUGGACGGACACCAGUGUCGGGUAUUUGCCCUGAUGUACCAUCCUACGAUACCACAUGUAUUUAUAUCUGGUGGAUGGGAUGACACAGUUCAGUACUGGGAUGACAGAAUGAAACAUGCACAAAGACAUAUAAGUGGC